UCCUUUCCUCCCCUUCCUCUGCUUCCUCCCCCUCUCCCUCCUCCACUCCCACUCCAUCUCCCUUCCUCUCCCUCUCUCCAUCCCUCUCCCUCUCUCCCUAUCCUGAGCCAAUGACAGGUUGGAGCGGGCGGGCCUCUUUAUGCUAAUGCGGGCGGCGCUGCUCCAUUCUCCGUUCUGAGGUGAGCACCGGCCGCUAUUUACCGGCGCACCCGGCGCUUGGAGGCUGUGUCUGGGCUUUCUGAGUGUUUCUCCGGAGGCUUCGAGUUGUGCAGGAUUGCACUGUUUCAAUAUGCCUGUUGUAAACAUGUGAAGGCAGCAAAUGGCUUUCUGAAGCUGUUGCUGCAUGAGACUCCCCAGGGCUUCAGGCAUGGAGUCUAAGACUGAGGAUCCUCCUGUCUGGGGUGCACCAUCCGAGCAGGAUCAGCCGCCUGCCCAGGUACAUUUUGUUCCAGAGAGCAAUACAGUUGCUCAGAUUGUUUACACAGAUGAACAGGAUCGACCGUCACAGCAAGUGGUUUACACAGCAGAUGGAACAUCCUACACAUCUGUGGAUGGGGCAGAACAUACCCUGGUGUACAUUCACCAAACUGAUGGAGCACAGGCUGUUUUCACAGAUCAGUCCCAGGUAGCGUACAUCCAACAGGACGCAGCUACCCAGCAGGUAACUGUUCUUCUGCCAGCCAGCCAGAAUGUGACUGGUACCAAUCUGGCAGUCCUUGGCAGCGUCACAGAAGCACAACAGCCAAUGACAGAGAACAAUUCUCAGGCUCUUUUGCCCAUUUCGAAUAAUGGAGUACCUCAGAUAACAGGAGCUAGUGACUCUGUGCAGCAAAUGCCAGAAACAAUGGACACAGCUGAACAAGACUUGGACUCUGAAGAGGAUGACGAUGAAGAAGAAGAGGAGGAUGAUGUAGAUUCCUCUGAUAUCGAUGAUUGGGAGCCAGGUCCUCCAAGACCCUUUAAUCCUUGUGAUUUAUGGUGUGAGGAUUGUAAUAAAGCUCAUCCAUCAGCAUGCCUCAAACAUGGUACCCUGCACUGCAUUCCCAAUAGGCCUGUCUUGAGCCGGGCUAGGGCCAGUCUGCCACUCAUUCUCUACAUCAACCGAUUUGCUGGUGGAAUCUUCUCCAAGAGGCGCAUUCCAAAACGCACGCAGUUUGGCCCUGUUGAGGGUCCAUUAGUUAAGCAGUCUGAGCUUACGGAUGACUACAUUCAUUUGAAGGUUGCUAUGGGAGUAGGAAGGGAGGAUUGUAAGGAUGGGGAGAAACCAGGGGAUCUGUGGUUUGAUCUUUCCGAUGAGAACUUGUGCAACUGGAUGAUGUUUGUACGUCAAGCACAGAACCACUUGGAACAGAACCUGGUGGUGUACCAGUACGGCAAAAAUCUCUACUUCACCACCAUCAAACAUAUCGAGCCGAAACAGGAACUCAAGGUGUGGUAUGCAGCAUCAUAUGCAGACUUUGUAGAGCGGAAGAUCCAUGAUAUUUCUGAAGAGGAACGGAAAGUCCUAAGAGACCAGGAAAAAAACUGGCCCUGCUACGAGUGUAACCGUCGGUUCACCAGCUCUGAGCAGCUCCAGCAACAUCUCAACAUGCAUGAUGAGAAGCUGGAUUUCUUCAGCAGGUCAAAGUGCAGAGGUCGUGGCCGAGGUAGGAGGCGGUUUGGUCCAGGGAGACGACCAGGCCGUCCACCAAAGUUCAACCGACAAGAAUCAGCUACGGAACAGAAUGAGACGUUGCAGUUUGCUAUGAAACGUCGCUUCGAAGACACGGACGAGCCUGUGGCCAAUGGAAUGAAUCAAGAGGAAGACCCUGCAAUUAUCUCUGAGCAGCCGGAAAAUGAUUCUAGUGUUGCUAAUAACACAACCACAAGCCCUGGAGAGGAAGUGCGGCGCAAUAAACGAAUACGGAAUGCUGCACUUCAUCACCUCUUUAUACGUAAAACGUUUCGACCGUUUAAAUGCCUUCACUGUGGGAAAGCAUUUCGGGAGAAGGAGAAGUUGGAUCAGCACCUGCAUUUCCAUGGGCGGGAGGGCAACUAUCCACUGACCUGUGAUAUCUGUAACAAAGGCUUCAUAAACAGUUCAGCACUCGAUUCACACAUGAAAUUCCACUCUGAUCAGAAAACAUACUCCUGUAUUUUCUGCACAGACUCUUUCGAUAGACUUGACCUGCUAAAAGAACAUGUUGCAAUUCAUGUUACUAACGGCUGUUUCACUUGCCCUUCCUGUAAAAAACAAUUCCCAGACUUCAUUCAGAUAAAGAAGCAUAUUCGCAGCUUCCAUUCUGAGAAGAUUUAUCAAUGUACAGAGUGUGACAAGGCCUUCUGUCGGCCAGACAAACUCCGACUACAUAUGCUGAGACACUCUGACCGUAAAGAUUUCCUCUGCUCCACUUGUGGCAAACAGUUCAAAAGGAAGGACAAGUUGAAAGAGCACAUGCAACGGAUGCACAAUCCUGAACGGGAGGCCAAGAAUGCUGGCCGCAUCCACAAGUCCAAGCCUUUCAAACCCAAGAUCCCUUCCACUGACUAUGAGAGCUUCAUGUUCAAGUGCCGUGCCUGUAUGAUGGGUUUUCGGAGGCGUGGGAUGCUGGUGAAUCAUUUGUCAAAAAGACACCCAGAUAUCAGGAUAGACGAUGUGCCAGAGUUAACAUUGCCCAUCAUUAAACCGAACAGGGAUUAUUACUGCCAGUACUGUGACAAGGUGUACAAGAGUGCCAGUAAGCGUAAAGCCCAUAUCCUGAAGAACCACCCAGGGGCUGAGCUUCCUCCAAGUAUCCGCAAACUGCGACCUGCAGCUCCAGGGGAGCCUGAUCCGAUGCUGAGCACACACACACAGCUGAAAGGCACCAUCGCCACGCUCCCUGUCUGCUGUCCACACUGCUGUAAACAAUACAGUAGCAAGGCAAAAAUGGUGCAACAUAUCCGCAAAAAACAUACAGAUGUUCUGCAAGAGAAUCCGAAUGCACUGCAGACACUUCCUGCACAAACGCCGAUUGUGGCCACUGUUAUCAGUGCAGCACCGACUGUUGUGAACACAGAUGGCUCUACUGGAGACACAAUUGUGGCAACUGAUCUGCUCACUCAGGCAAUGAGCGAGCUGUCGCAGACGCUGACGACAGAUUACCGCCCACCUCAAGGAGAUUAUCAGCGUGUGCAGUACAUUCCUGUCUCUCAGCACAUCCAACCAGUUCAGGGACAGCAGCCUCAGCACAUCCAACUCCAGGUGGUGCAGGUGGCACAGGCCUCCUCCCCACAACAGAAUCAGCAUUCUACCGUGGAUGUCAGCCAGCUGCAUGAUCCUCAUGCCUUUGCACAGCACUCCGUUCAGGUCCAGCAUGUCCAAGUGUCGGAUCAGUCCAGUGCCAUGGCCCCCACUGGUUCCCAGACUGGAGGAGGUCAGCCACUGAGCCCUUCAUCGCAACAGCAACAAGAACUCAGCCCUACUCAGAUACAGGGUGGAACAUCAACACAAAACCAGGUCUUACAGCAGCAACCAACAGCUUCUGUACAGCAUACAUACCUUCCUAGCACUUGGGGGACCUUUCGCAACUACUCCUCUGAGAUUCAGAUGAUGACCAUUCCUCAGACUCAGUAUGUUAUCGCAGAGGCUCCUGUAGCCACAGUAAACAGCGGCCAGGUGAAAGCAGUGACACAGACUCAUUAUGUGAUAUCAGAAGGACAGCCUGAGCUGGACAUGAAGCAGAAUUCUGCAGUACGACUUGGUGUGCCUCAGACACAGACAGACACCUCCCUACAGCAGCAAAAUGCACAGUUCAUCAUUACCUCGACAGCUAGUGGGAAUGGAACUACUGAGGUGCCAAUCACAAAACCCUAGCAGUCAUUUACUGAAAACUGAUUCUCCCUAAAUUCACACCAGCUCCACUAGGACUGGAGUUCCAACUUGUGGCAUGCAUUUUAUAAAUGAAAAGAGAGAGAGAGCAGAGACUGUUGUUUACAGCUUUUCCCUUCCAUAUCUCACCCUCCCGUCAUCACCUACCCCUCCGAGUGAAGUAUUAGAGCAAGAAUCAGGAUAUUGGGGUUGCUAGUGUUGAUCGUGUGGGCUCAGCUAGAUGGUGCUGAUUACGUCAUUGCUUAGGAAUUGGACCCAGUUUUUAAAGAAAUCAUUUGGAGGAAAUGGAAAGCAAAGACCUGGGAAAGGAAUGAUGAACUGACCAGCUCUGUUCACAAACCCUCACACCAAUCACUCUAAUCACCUUUUGGCCAAGUGAGCUGCAUGUCACCAAACUGCCAGGAACAUCAAGAGAGACUGUGAUCCAGAUGAACUCCUGUUGGAUAUAAUUCAGGGGUUUAAUGUUGAGGACUUGAUAUUAUCCACCAGAACUCUUCUAGAGCUGCAGAGGUGGAUGGACAGUAAGCUGGAUUCUUGAAAUGUGAGCACUCUGAGUGAGCCGCAGUGCUCAGGCGAGUUUGUAACUGAAGAAUCAACAGGAACAUUUACUGCUGGACUUGUGUGUGUUCUCAGAUUGAGACAUGGGGGCUCCUUAUACAAGUUGCCCUGUGUCUGUUCUCCCGUAACUCUACAGGGAUGUGUGCAAUCUGGUCAACUCGAAACUGACACAAACACGGCAAGCACACACGCAGCCCAGCGCAUGCACAUGGCUAGAGCUGCACUCUGUUCACCUGUUACAAACAGACAAAGGUGGAAAAGUUUUAGUGAAUGAGAUUUUAAUGCUUUAUUAUUUAAGAGUUUAUGUUAAUUGUAAAUUUCUGUGGUUGUAUCAUUAGAGAAGCUGUGUUCUACAAGCAAGUGUUUAAAGAUCAAUAAAAAUAUAAAUCUGGACCCACUGACUUCCCUCCUCUCCCCAGCACUUAUCCUGCCUCAUUGCUGCUUUACCUCCAUGAUGUGGAAGGAGUCAGGAUAUUGCAGGGGAGGGGGCAGGGGCAGAGAUCCAGAGUCAGUGCUCUUUAAAUUGCAGUCGUUUGAGACUCCAUUUCUAAUUGUGAAAUACUCCUUGAUGUCACCAGAUUUUUGUUUUGCCGAUUUGCUGAUGUAAGAUGAGUGGCAAUGUUUUGAAAAUGAAGGUUGAUAUUGAUGUACUAAGAGCACAGUAAACAGGAGCCCUGUCAGCUGCCUGUAUAGUCUUUCAGCAAAUGAAGAUUCUGGUGGUUAAAUUUCCACUGUUACUUUUAGGAUUUUAGGUCUCUGCUACAGUUUUACUGACAUUUAAUUCUUGUCUCUUAGCUUACCCUCAGUUGAACCCCAGCACCUUGUAUCUUCUAGUGUGUCUGUCCCUGGCUUGAUAACUCAGUAAACUUUGAGUGCCAUGCUUAGGAAGCAUACAGAAACCCCUAACUUUAGCAACUGGAUUUAUAUACGUCUCCGUUAGCACUUACUCUGGUCUGAAAGUGGUGAAACAUCACAUCAGGCCUUGUUUUAACUUCCAAAUAUCAGUGCAUUUUUUUUAGCAAAAGAUGAACAGGCACAUAAAUAAUGGACAUAUUACAUAAUUGGAGUGGCCAAUCUUUUACUUAAAUCCAAGUGGACAAAAUAACACAUCAAAAUAAAGCUUUUGAACAGUC